AUGGGUGGCAAAGAGAUGACUUCUGUUGCUAUAAUUGGUGGUGGCCCUGGAGGACUUGGUACCGCCAUCGCUCUCUCCCAGCUUCCAUUCCUACGGGUUACUCUUUAUGAGAAAAACCCAGAGCCAAGAGAGGCUGGGGCUGGACUCAGUCUAAGCUCGAAUGCGUGGAAAGUGCUUGAUUUACUAGGAGCAAGUGAUAUGGUCAAGGGAGGCUCCAAAUCAAACACACAUCAAAGGAGUGCCUAUACAGGAAAAGUUCUUAGCAUUACGCAAAAUCCGGAAAAUUCUGCGGAACAUCACCGUGGAGCAAUUCGUGCUCGCAGGACCCGGCUACAGUCAGCCCUCUUGGCAAAGGUGCCUGACGGGGUCAUUCAAUACAGCAAGAAGCUUGUGUCUCUUGAAGAUUUACCAGGUCAUGGUGUACGAUUGUUGUUCCAAGACCAAACAGAUGUUGUCGCGGACAUUGUAGUUGGAGCUGAUGGAAUACAUUCUAUUGUCCGGAGACAUCUGUUUCCUGAUCAUCAGCUUUCCUUCACAGGAAACACUGCAUUCCGUGUCCUUGUCCCUAGAUCACACCUGUCUCAUAUUCCAGAUAUCACGCCCACAACAUCAUGGUGGUGGGGAGAAGCUGGUCAUGUUUACCUCUCGGAUGUAGAUGACGAGACUGAGACUGAGAAUCCACUUUUUGAAAUUACUGUACGGUCAUAUCGUGAGCCUGAGAUCCCCGGAGAAACGGUUUAUUGGGGCAUUCCCGCGACGAACGCGAAAGUGGCAUCCCGUGUUAAGACCUUUGAUCAAAGGAUAAGGGAUGCUGUCAGCAUGGUAGCCGAAGGCGAGUGGAGGGAAUUUGCAACAUUCGCAGGUCCUCGUUUGGAGAAGAUCACUGGAUGGGAUAAGGUUGUUCUUAUUGGAGAUGCUAGUCAUCCUCUAUCCGGUAGGUCCAAGACUUCGAAAAGUAUCUCAUUGUGGAGGGCCAUUCACACAUUUCUAGGUGCCUUUGGCUCUGGAGCGACAUUUGCUAUGGAAGAUGGUUGGAUUCUCGCUCGCGCACUUGAGCGGACACGGUUCACUUCCCAUCUUGCACGGGACGCCCUUAAGAUCUUUGAAUCUAUCCGUUCUCCUUAUUACAAUAAAAUGUAUCAACACCUGGACGAGAGCAAAAGCAGAACACAGAAGUUCCAAGCGAAAACUGAAGAUUUCGAUGCCAUUUUACAAUACAAGGUCGACAGCUUUUUGUAUGGGGAUAAGGACUUCAUCUAUAAAAAUGAUAUUAAGAAAGUCUGGGAAGAAUUUUGUGUUACAGAGCAGACAAAAGAAGAAUAG